AUGGUGGCUAAGAUUGUUUUGAAGAAGAUGCAGACCUCACAGAAUGUCAGAAUCACUAAUAUUAUACAAGAUCUGAGGCAAAAUUACUCUGUAGGUAUAACUGUGUGUAAGGCUUGGAAAGAAAAACUCAUAGCCAAGAAGAUGUUGGAGGGAGAUGCAGACAGGCCUAAUCCAACAAUCCCACCAAGAUUUGGUUGCUUUUAUUUCUGCUUUGAGGGAUGUAAAAAGGGUUUCAUUAAUGGAUGUAGGCCCUUUGUGGGAGUGGAUGGCUGCCAUCUAAAAACCAAGUAUGGUGGUCAGUUGCUAAUUGCUGUAGGGAGGAACCCUAAUGAUCAGUAUUUUCCACUUGCUUUUGGGGUGGUGGGGACUGAAACAAAAGAAAGCUGGAAGUGGUUCUUGGAAUUGUUGAUGAAUGAUGUGGGCCAGAGUAACAGAUAUGUGUUCAUAUCAGACCAACAAAAGGGUCUUGUUGUAGUCUUUGAAGAGAUGUUUGAAAGAAUUGAGCACAAAAUUUGUUUAAGGCAUUUAUAUGCCAAUUUCAAGAAAAAAUUUGGACGGGGUGCACUCAUUAGAGAUCUAAUUAUGGAGGCUGCAAAGGCCACUUACUACAAAGGUUGGCUCCAAAAGAUGAAUGAAUUAAAGUUGAAAGAUCCUGAUGCCUGGACAUGGUUAAUGGGUGUUCCUCUAAAUUCAUGGUGUGCUAACCCGGAUGAACCAUUAUCAUUAACUGAUGAAGAGAAAAAUGUUGACUCAAGGCGUGGGAAAAAGAAAUUGAAGAAGAAAUAUGCGCCAGGGGAAUUUCCACUUCUUUUUGAUACACAAUCAGCUGAUUUCUAUAAGAUGGCUUCAAGGAUGCUUUGUGAGAUGCAAGUUAUAACCAUUACGGAAUCAACAGUUACUGUAAGAAUGGGUAUGAAUGCAGACACAACUUUACCUAUUGGAAGAACAAGCCUUUCUAUGCCUUUGGCCUUGGCUUGGCAGCUCCAUGAUUUAUUCUAUGUUUGA